AUGAGAAAUGGCGUUAUUCUGCUCUUGAUCGUGGCCGUGUUGUUAACUACAGCCAGUGCAUUUGGUGCUGGUAAUAUUCCUUCAUACGCUAGUAUAGAGGUUAAGCAGGGAAAGAAAUUCCGGCAUGGUGAUAUUAUGGAUGCACUCGCAGAUCUUUAUAAGAAGUCUGGUAGCGGUAUUCUAUCCGCUGUGACGCGUACCAAAUUCACGAGCCUUGAUGUCAAGCGCAUCUACUUCUACGAUUUUCUCCGCGAUUAUUCACAAGCGAAUGACACAGCUGCUUUGUCCAAGAUAAAUAAGCAGACAAUCCUCAACAUCGUCAUGGUCAUGUCCUUCUUGGCUUUCGGCUACCCCGAUGAUGCGAAACAGUACGAUGAACGUCUCAGAGGACCUGUUCAACAAAUUGAAUUGGAAAUUGAUCCGCGCACUGGCAUGAAGAACUACAUCGCUAAUGAGAGCGUUUGUGAUACUUCCACUGCCCUCGUUCGUGAACGCUUACGUCUCUGCAUCGAGUAUGGAAGAAGGUAUAAGAACUCUAAAAACAGCAAAGAUGAGUUCGAAGCGUUUCGUUGGCUCGGUACAAGCUGCCAUACAUUAGCUGACUUUUCUGCGCACUCCAAUUUUGCUGAAAUCUACCUUUACAAACUUGGGCUUACCGAUGUGUUUCCACAUGUUGGUGAAAAUGUAAGAAUACGUGCUCCUAGCGGCGAAAACGUACCCCCAAUAGUAACAGGAUCAUUUGGUGGUAUGGAUUUCAUGGCCAGUGUAUUAGGUGAAGCUGGUGACAAGCUUACCUCAGCAUCCGUCUCAGAUCUUCAUAAUGAAGUGAAUCGUUCUACUACAAAGUCACGCGGUCAGCCAGGAAGUGGGGGAAAUUCAAUCAUCGACACACUCAGGGACCUCAUCUUCCAAUUAGACGGAGUUAGCUCUAAGGUUCCACUCACUAGGAGUACCACAGAUAGCAACAGUGGCGGUGGACAACGCUCACUCAACAGAGAAUUCGAGGACGUCAGCAACCUCCGCUCGACGUCGAGAUCCCCUGAUCAAAUGAGCCCCCAGGAACAAUACGCUGUUCUAUGGCAGAUACUGUGUUUCCGAGACAGAGUGUCAAAGACAAUCGAAGUGACAAUAGAUAAAAUUCCAGGUUUGAGCGCGUUAGUAGAAAAGAUAUCCAACUCGAUCGCCGUCUUUAUUUACUCCACUCUCGAGCCAUUCAUUGAUCCUCUUAUCAAGCAGGCCAAGAGCUCGAUUGGUAAGGGUUCAGAAGAGCUUUUAGCAACAAAAAACCAAUUGGAGGUAUACACUGAUCCAAACUGUUCAGAUCCAACGCACACUGGUCUCGCCAAGGACCAUUUCGAUCACCUUCUGAACAACCCUUGCGGGAACUUGGCUCAAAUUGCAGUUAGCCAAACGACCAAGAGAAUUGUUGAAGCUUGGGGCAACCAGGAAAAUCCUGACAGUAUAAUCGACGAGAUUCUGGAAGUAAUACAUCACCCAUACUUCGCUAAUGAGGAUAGCAAGAUACAGACGAAGAUGGGCGAGUUCAUGAAGAAGUGGGUCAAGGCACAAGGGCCCAAGAUAGACCAAAUUGAGCGUGCUUUGAACAAACAGAGCUGCAUGGACUCAUCCAACAAGGUUCAUACACAUGUCCAAACGGUUAAUGAUCCAUACGGCAAUAGUCAGGAGGGAGUUAAUGAGUUUACGAGCGGAGGAUUAUGGGGGCUGAUCAACACAAAUGCCUCGCCCGCAAAUGCCGGCGGUGGAGAUGCUGAGGGUCGUGGUGGCGGUGGGAAUCAAGGUGGCAGUGGACAGGGCGAUGGCGGUGGUGGCAAGAAUUCCUCAUUGCUUAGUUCGAUAGCUAAUUUGGGUAUAGGAGCAAUGAAAAAUGACAGCGGUGGGGGCAAGAAGGAUAAUGACAGCAAACAGCCAGCGCCACCACCACCGACGCAUUCGAGACCAUCAACAUCAACACCAUCAUUGCAGCACUCACACUCACACUCACACUCUCCAUACCCACCAGCUGCGUAUCAUGGACGACACGUCACGAAACCACCCACCCCACCUGGGCGCCACACGCCCUACAUGCCAUACGCCGAGCCCCCACCUAUGCCCGACCCAGGAUAUAUGCCGGGACCGGGUGCAUACUCAAGCCCACCGCCAAUGGGGAUGCCUGGUAUGGGAAUGGGUAUGCCUGGUGGUGGACCGGGUGGGCAUGUGCCAUAUGGCCAGCCACCGAAACCUGGAAUGUAUAAUCCACCGCCAAUGCCUAUGCAAGGACCACCUAUGCCGUCAGCAAUGCCACCACCGAUGCCGCCUCCAAUGGAAAUGCCUUCCCAUGGUAGGUAUGGUGUAUAUCCUGGUUAUGGUGGUUAUCAAGGGCAUCCGGAGCAUUCAGUGCACCCUUAUCAACCACCACCAAGACCACCGCAAGGAUACCCAGGCGGUUACCCAGGCUAUCCAGGUGGUGGAUGGCAUUAG